UCUCCCCCUUGUGUUUGUUGUAUGCGAUCUCUCCAAGAUUCUCUGUGUAGUUUUGUGUGGGUUGCCAUGGGUGUUAUACUUGAGUGUUUUCAUUUUAUAAUUUAAUUUCGUUAUUGGUUUUGCUUGCGCUUUAGUAUUUAUACAAGAUGGGCGAUCCAGCAGAGGGAGAAAAGCUGUCAAAGAAAUGCCAUUGAAAAUGUCUUGCCGACUGGGGAUGUCUACUUGGUGUCGCCUGAGGCAGAUGCACAGGGUGGCUGGCUGGGGUCGGAUGGUUGCGGGGUUGUCUGGCUCCACUGACCUGCAUUGCCGCCCUGUUGACCUGCAGCGCCGGCUCCUGGCCACCACCAGUGAGCUGAAACGGCGACAGAAACAGGCGAAGAAGGAGCAGGAGCGGCUGGAGAAGGAGAAGGAGCGGGGGGCGCAGCGUCCGCCGGCCGCCGCCGGAGCCGAGGCCGCCAAGUCGUCAGCCGCCGCCGAGGGCGAGCUCACCGCAAAUGAGUACUACAAGAUGCGGGUGGCGGGCGUCACGACGGCCAAGGAGGCCGGCCAGAACCCGUUCCCGCACAAGUUCCACGUCACCACCAGCCUACAGGAGUUCAUCAGCUCGUACGGCAGCAUCGAGGACGGCUCGGUGGUGGAGGACGUCACCGUCUCGGUGGCCGGCCGAGUGCACUCCAUCCGCGAGAGCAGCGCCAAACUGCGCUUCUACGACCUGCGCGGCGAGGGCGUCAAAAUUCAGAUAAUGGCCAACUACAAGCUGUACGGGUGUCCGGACGAGUUCGCUGCCGACACGGACAAGCUGCGGCGCGGCGACAUUGUCGGCGUCACCGGCCACCCGGCCAAGACCAAGAAGGGCGAGCUGUCCGUGGUGCCGCAGCAGCUGCAGGUCCUCACGCCCUGCCUGCACAUGCUGCCCUCCAUGCACUACGGCCUCAAAGAUAAGGAAACGAGGUAUAGGCAGCGAUAUCUCGACCUUAUCAUGAACGACGAUGUGCGGAACAAGUUCUUUGUCCGAGCCAAGAUCAUCAGCUACCUGCGGAGUUUCCUCGACCAGAUGGGCUUCCUGGAGAUCGAGACGCCGAUGAUGAACAUGAUUGCCGGCGGCGCGACGGCCAAGCCGUUCGAGACGUUCCACAACGAGCUCAGCAUGAAGCUCUUCAUGCGGAUAGCUCCCGAGCUGUAUCACAAGAUGCUGGUGGUCGGCGGCCUGGACCGGGUAUACGAGAUCGGGCGGCAGUUCCGGAACGAGGGCAUCGACAUGACGCACAAUCCCGAGUUCACCACCUGCGAGUUCUACAUGGCGUACGCCGACUACAACGACCUGAUGGAGAUCACCGAGACGCUCGUCUCCGGCAUGGUACGCUCAAUAUUCGGCGGCACCAAGGUCACCUACCACCCUGACGGGCCGGACGGCGAGGCAUGGGAGGUGGACUUUGCGCCGCCAUUCCGCCGACUACACAUGAUGCCCGAGCUGGAGAAGGCUCUUGGUGUCUCCCUUCCCGCCGCCACCGAGUUCAACACUGAGGCGGCGCGCGCGGAACUGGACCGAUUGUGUGUGAAACACGAGGUGGACUGCGCGGCGCCGCGCACCACCGCCCGCCUCCUGGACAAGCUGGUCGGCGAGUUUCUCGAGGAGACGUGCGUACAGCCCACGUUCAUCCUGGAUCAUCCGCAAAUCAUGUCGCCGCUGGCUAAGUACCACCGCUCGCAGCCCGGCAUCACCGAGCGGUUUGAGCUGUUCGUCUGCAAAAAGGAGGUGUGCAACGCGUACACGGAGCUGAACGAUCCGACCACGCAGAGGCAGAUGUUCGCCAUCCAGGCUAACGCCAAGGCAGCUGGUGACGACGAGGCACAGCUGAUUGACGAGAACUUCUGCACGGCACUGGAGUACGGCCUGCCGCCGACCGGCGGCUGGGGCAUGGGCAUCGACCGGCUGGCCAUGUUCCUCACCGACUCCAACAACAUCAAGGAGGUGCUCUUCUUCCCGGCCAUGAAGCCAGAGGACAACAAGCCUGCCGACCAGGCGGCGACAGAGGGUGCGGAAACCAAGAGCUAACCUGCGGCCGCGCCGCCACUAGCUCCAUGGGUGUUCAGGGCUCGCUCUAGUUAUUUAUGAUCAUCUUUGGUUUGCUGUUGACCCCGGGACAUGUCUCCGCGUGACGUUUGCAAAUAAAUUCGUCUUCGGACGAGUCAUCCGGA